AUGGUCCUGCUGGCCAUAUCAGGCUGGGAUCUUAGACAUGAACUAGAGAGGUUUGCAGCAGAAUGUGAAGCAGCUGGGAUGAGGAACAACACCUCCAAACCUGACGCCAUGGUUUUCAACUGGAAAAUGGUGGAGUGCUCUCUUCAGUUUGGAGGUGAGAUGUUGCCUCAAGCAGAGCAGUUUAAGCAUCUCUGCAUUUUGUUAGCGAGUGAGGGAAGAGCAACGUCUAAAGAACUGCAGGCCUCACUUGCCUCAAUUAAGGUCAGUGUUCACGACUCCACCAUAAGAAAGAGACUGGGCAAAAACAGCCUGCAUGGCAGAUUUCCAAGACGCAAACCACUGUUAAGCAAAAAGAACAUUAGGGCUCGUCUCAAUUUUGCUAAGAAACAUCUCAAUGAUUGCCAAGACUUUUGGGAAAAUACCUUGUGGACUGAGGAGUCAAAAGUUGAACUUUUUGGAAGGCAAAUGACCCGUUACAUCUGGCGUAAAAGGAACACAGCAUUUCAGAAAAAGAACAUCAUACCAACAGUAAAAUAUGGUGGUGGUAGUGUGAUGGUCUGGGGUUGUUUUGCUGCUUCAGGACCUGGAAGGCUUGCUGUGAUAGAUGGAACCAUGAAUUCUACUGUCUACCAAAAAAUCCUGAAGGAGAAUGUCCGGCCAUCUACUGGUGACUUUAUUCUGGGUGGAAUUUUUACACUUCAUAAUAACUUUAUAGCAUCCAAACCCACACUUAAGUCAACACCUGAAGCAUUAGUCUGUACAGGUUUAAAUUAUAAAGAAUAUCACUUUGCUGAAACUAUGAUCUAUGCGAUAGAGCAAAUAAACAACAGAACAGAUAUUUUGCCUAAUGUGUCACUGGGAUAUAAGAUAUAUGAUGCUUGUGGUACUAUUUCUUUGGCAAUCAAAGCUGCAAUGGCACUAAUAAGUGGAGCAGGAGAAGCACAAUCAUCAACUCUGCCGUGUUCUCAAAAGUCAAGCAUUCAUGCAAUCAUAGGACAGUCUGGCAGUUCUACAACUAUUGGUAUCGCUACGCUUGUUGGCCAAUUUAACAUACCAGUGAUCAGUCAUUUUGCUACUUGUGCUUGUCUCAGCAACAGGAAAGAGUUUCCCACUUUUUUUAGGACAAUACCAAGUGAUUAUUAUCAAAGCAGAGCACUGGCACAACUUGUCAAACACUUUGGAUGGACCUGGGUGGGGACAAUAAGAAGUGACAAUGACUACGGCAAUUCUGGCAUGGCCACCUUUGUAGAAGUAGCCCAGAAGGAAGGUAUCUGCAUUGAAUAUUCAGAAGUUAUUUACAGAACCAAUCCAAGAGAGAAAUUUCUUAAAACAGUUGAUGUCAUUAAAAUGGCUUCUUCAAAGACUAUUGUAGCUUUUGCAAUUUUCAUAGAUCUGGAAUUUUUAAUGAAGGAAUUACUGCUUCAGGAUGUUACAGGUCUACAGUGGGUAGGCAGUGAAUCUUUGGUUUCUGCCAAAAAUCUGGCAACUAAGGAAAACUACAGAAUUUUUAAAGGAGCAAUUGGCUUUUCGCUUGCUAAUGCAGCAAUACCAGGGCUGAAAGAAUUUUUGCUGUCAGUUCAUCCAUCUAGCACUCCAGGCAAUGCAGGUUUAAUUAAACUUUGGGAAGAUAUGUUUGAUUGCAGUUUCAGUGCUUCAAAUUCUAAAACUUGUACAGGAUCGGAGAAUCUACAGCAAGUAAAUAAUCUGUACACUGAUGUUUCUGAUCUAAGAACUACAUAUAAUGUGUACAAAGCUGUAUAUGCUGUAGCACAUGCGCUCCACGACCUUCUAGCUUGCCAGGAUAAUCAAGUACCCUGCAUGACGAACCCAAAAGAUAUACUGCCACUGCAGGCACUGCAACACCUGAAGAAAGUUAAUUUCAGUGUAAACAAUGGUGAUUAUGUAAAUUUUGACAUUAAUGGAGACCCUCCUGCCAGAUAUGAAUUGGUGAAUUGGCAGCUUAGUGUAAAUGGAAUCAUAGAGUUUGUAACUAUUGGAUUUUAUGAUGCACUUAUGCCAGAAGGAAAGCAGUUCAUAAUGAACAACAAGAGCAUUAUGUGGGCCACCAGUGAUGGCAAGAUUCCAAAAUCAGUAUGCAGUGAAAGCUGUCGUCCUGGUACACGUAAGGCUACACAGAAAGGAAAACCAGUCUGUUGUUUUGAUUGUCUACCAUGUGCAGAAGGAGAAAUUAGUAAUAGCACAGAUGCAGUACACUGCAUGACGUGUCCUUUGGAAUAUCGGGCCAAUGAAGAGAAAGACCAGUGCAUUUUGAAGGACAUUGAAUUUUUGUCUCAUGAUGAAAUAAUGGGGAUGAUAUUAAUUAUACUUGCUUUGUUAGGAGCUUUGAUAACUUCCAUGGUCACUGUUGUAUUUUUCAAGUUCAGAGAUACUCCAAUUGUGAAAGCAAAUAAUUCAGAACUAAGUUUUCUUCUUCUUUUUUCACUGACUCUGUGUUUUCUGUGCUCACUUACAUUUAUCGGGGAGCCCACUCAGUGGUCCUGCAUGUUACGACACACAGCUUUUGGGAUCACAUUUGUUCUUUGCAUCUCGUGUGUUCUGGGGAAAACAAUAGUUGUGCUUAUGGCUUUUAGAGCAACAAUGCCUGGUAGUAAUAUAAUGAAAUGCUUUGGACCAACUCAACAGCGGUUAAGCGUUUUAACUUUUACACUCAUACAGACUUUGAUAUGCAUCAUUUGGUUAGUAAAUUAUCCUCCAUUCCCCAAAAAGAAUGUGAACUCUAAUAAAGAAAUAAUCAUUUUAGAAUGUGAAAUGGGAUCCACAGUAGCUUUUUAUAUUGUGUUAGGAUAUAUUGGCCUGUUAUCAGUCAUGUGUUUUGUUUUGGCUUUUCUUGCUCGGAAAUUACCAGAUAACUUUAAUGAGGCAAAAUUCAUCACAUUCAGCAUGCUGGUGUUCUGUACUGUUUGGAUCACGUUUAUUCCAUCUUAUAUCAGCUCUCCUGGAAAGUAUACUGUAGCUGUAGAGGUAUUUGCUAUUCUGGCAUCAAGUUUUGGCUUACUUCUUUGUAUUUUUGUUCCAAAAUGUUAUAUCAUACUACUAAAACCAGAUAAGAAUUCAAAAAAACACCUAAUGGGUAAAAUGCAGACAAAAUCGCUUUGACAUCUAAGUGAAAAUGCAAAGACAUUAAAACUAUGAUACAGCAC